CAGCAGGGGGCAGCCGGCGGGAUCGGCGGGGCAAGCGGAGGCCGGCGGGAUCGACGCGGCAGGCCGGCAGCGCAAAGCGGAGAGCGGCCGUGGAGGCGCCGGCAGCCGGGCUUCAUUUCCCCCUUUCUUGAUCUGAUUACCAAGAACCGUGAAGCUGAUUGCCUGAUUAACGAGAAGCGGAAAAAAAAAGGAUUCAAUUUCUAACAAGACAGUUCUUCAGUGCCCUGAUGGAAACCUACCGAAGUCAGCCUGGUCCAAUUGACCCAAGAAGAGCUCGCUUUCCUUGUUGUAUAGUAUGGACACCAUUGCCAUUAAUCUCAUGGUUGCUUCCCUUUAUUGGUCACAUUGGCAUCUGCAGAGAAGAUGGUGUAAUUUUGGAUUUCGCUGGGCCCAAUUUUGUAUCAGUUGAUAACUUUGCGUUUGGAGCAGUUGCACGAUAUAUUCAAGUAAAUACUGAUGAGUGCUACAAGCUUCUCGAACCUGAAGGGGCGGCGACAUGGGAUGACGCGCUGAAGAAAGGUGUUCAGGAGUUCCAGCACAGGAGCUACAGCCUGUUCACCUGCAACUGUCACUCCUUUGUUGCGAACAAUCUGAACCGGCUGUUCUACUCCGGCCAUGACAAAUGGAAUGUGGUCAGCCUGGCAGCUGUGAUGUUCCUACGGGGCAGCUGGGUGAGCACAGCAUCUGUGCUAAAAACAUUCUUGCCGUUUGCCUUGGUGCUCACCAUUGGCACUCUCCUUGGAGGCACGGCAUUCCUUGUUGGCUUGCUUGCUUUCGCUGCAGUGAUGACCGGCUGGUUCCUUGUGGGUACCUACUGCAUCAAGAGCCUUAUAGAGUUGUAGCAGUAGUACAUUGGAUUGGACUAUGGUUUGGGUCUCCUUGUGAUUAAUGGGUGCGUGCCUCUCAUUUUUAUAUCUUGCUGUGAGAUUGAUUAUUGACUGGAGACCUUCUGUUCCACGAAUUAUGUUUUGGUCUAUGCUCAGAUUGAAACAUUCCUGGUUCUUCAAUUGCAUUUACUGAACCAUUGAUAAAA